AUGGUCCGCAACUCCAUGCUCCCCCUGCUUCUGCUGGCAGCCAUCGGCACAGCUGCACCCGCCGACACGCUCUCUCCGCGCGGCCCGACCCCAACGACCCUGCAAACCGGCCAGCUCUGGAUCCGCGCCGUCGCCGCGCCCAAUUACCACAAGUACCUGCAGACCAAGCCCGCCAACGAGCCCGGCGUCGCGAUCAUGGACUCGUCCAGGACGGCGGGCCAGUUCAACAUCGUGGACGGGCAGCUCGUCGAGGCCACCGGCGGCGAGCCGCUCUACAUGCACGUCGAGAAGCCCGCGGACCUGACGCAGCGGAAGCUGUCGACGUGGUUCAACACGACCAAGAACGACUUUGGCACGUUUGUCUUCUCCGGCGACGCCGUGACGUGGUCGACGCCCGAGAUCAAGCGGCAGAACCUGGCGGCGUGGCUGGUGUGCCAGAAGCAGGCCUUGUUCAUCAACACGGGGGCGUAUUCCUACCAGACCCCGGCUGGGUGUGCGGACCAGACGAUUCAUUUCUACAAUGGCGCUACCGCCAAUGAUUGA